AUGAUGACAAGCUUAGGAGGCCAGGCCUAUUCGCAUCCAGGUGGAAUUCCUCACCCAGGUGCUCAAGGCCACCCAAUGCAGGCAGGCAUGUCAGUACCGCACAGUCAAGGUCAGGGCCAACCAGGAAUGCCGCAGCAUAUGCAAAUGGGAGUAUCUGGUCCAGGAGGUCCUCAGGUCAGUCAGGCUGGAGUUAUGAUGGGUGGUGGGAUGCCGCCUGGAGCUGGUGGGCCGAGCCAACAUGCCUUGCAACACCUCAACCCUCAGCAACAAUUGAUGCAACAGCAACAGCAGCAGCAGCAGCAGCAACAGGCAGCAAUGUUCGGAAACCCUCAAUUCCAACUACAACAACAGCAACAACAACAUAUUAUGCAACAACAGCGCGCGCGUCAGGCCAUGAUACAGCAGUCUUACAGUGGGGGUGGGAUGCCGAUGAACAUGCAAAAUGGCAUGGGCCAGAUGACUCCGGCGCAAUUCCAAGCGAUGCGAUCUGGACCCAUGGCGCGGCCUGUCAAUUUGCCCCAACAUCUUCAACAACAGCAGCAACAAGCUCAACUUGGCUUGGAACAGCAGCAAGCAGCGCAAGCUCAACAACAACACCAGCAGCAGCAACACAUCCUCGCGCAACAAAUGGCAAUACAAAAUGCUCAACAACACGGAGGAAAUAAUAAUCCAGGGCAACAGAACCAGAUGACCCAACAGCAGAUGCAUAAUAUGCAGCAAGCGCAAAUAGCAGCAGCUCAGCAACAGCAGCAACAACAACAAGGGCAAGCUGCCAGUGCUAGUCAGCCAAGUCAGCCUAUACAAGCACAAUCCCAACCUCAAACGCAACAAGCACAACCCAAUGCACAAGGCCAACCACAGCAGGGCCAGCCACAGCCUCAACCCCAAGGAAUGAAUCCUCAACAACAAGCAGCUGCAGCUGCUAUGAUGCAGCAAAGACAACAGCAAGGCGAGAAGCUAAGAGGGCAAUGUCUUAUGAGACUAAUGCAAUUUGCGGAUCAUCUAAGCAGCUUUGGCGCGUCCUCAAAACCUUUACAAUCAUAUAUGACCAACGGCACCCAGAAAAUGGCAGCACAGGGAAAUAAGCAAAGGGACGAUUUGUUCUAUUGGUCAGGUUUCGUGGAUAGAUUUUUCUCCCCAAAAGGGGUAUUACGGCAUUCUCUUUGGUUUACGGAUGAUGGUGCCAACAAGCAGUACGAGAUUACUUACCCAGCCUUAGCGAGAUACUUCUUUACCCAUUUUGAGAGCGGGGUCAAGACCAUGCAGUUGAUUAUGGAAAAGGGCACAGAAAAGGAUUUACCUCAUAGUGGACAUUACAUUGAAAGCCAAAAGUCAAGUUUUGUAUACUGGUUUGACACUGGCGCACAAUUGAUUGCAAAUGGAACGCUUCGCGCCCAUUUUGAUGCAGAACAGAAGAUUGAACUUCUUGAAUUUGUUACAAAUAGUCAUGAAGAAUACUUGCCACGAAGUCGGCUGAUCGAAGCGGCAAGGCCUGUGCAUGAUUGGGCCAAAGAGUGGCAUAAAGUCAAUGCCCCACCAGAAGGGAAGCAAUCACCGGAAAUGAACAAGAAAAAGGCCAAGGCUAUGAAAUCACCGCCUGCACCGCCCCCUGAUAUCGACCUUCCUCAAUCUAAAGUCAUUGCCAGAUCGGGGAUUCCACCUGCAGUAUUUCGGUUCCUCGAGCUUGCCGAAGUAAUAGUGCAAAUGAAUCCCCUUUUUAAUUACUCCCAUCAGCACCCUCAACUGGCACCGUACCCAGCUCUGGAACAGUACAUGACGACAGUUUCUAUCAACGGCAAUAACCCUGGGGUUCAAGGACAGAAUCCUUCCGGGCCAAGAACACCGGGUAUGUCGAAUUUCCCUAUGGGGGCUUCACCUGCGGCAGCUCAUCUCCAACUUCCAGGUUCUCCUCAUGUUGGUGGAAGUCCUGCCCAGGCUCCUGGUAUGCAGCUACAACACAGCCAGCACGGCACCAGCUCUAGUGGACCGAGUGCAAAUACGAGCCCAAACGUUACCAAUAAACGUAGGAGACCGAGUGCGGUCAAGGCAGAGGAGGAGAAUCAGGUCAAUGGAACCCAAGCAAAGCCAGGGGUGAAGCCGAGCCCGCGGAUAACCAAGAGGCAGAAGCCAAACAAUACGUCAUGA